AUGGGAGGACAUGAAAGUAAGCCCAAUCCUCUUUCUUUGUUGUUGUUAAACUCACCACCCGUUUCCUAUCAGUUCAGAGCAUUUGUCUCAUCGCAAAAAUCUCUUUUGUCUCCGACGGGAACAGACUUGAGGGUCGACCCAGGUAUUGAAAGAUGGGCGACCAUGCGAGGACGCACUAUUGAACACUUUCGCCUGACGCCCAAAUACGUCGCAUUGGGUAUCCUCACUUUGGGAAUAAUUCCAACUGUGUGGUAUUAUUGGGGCGUAAAAUACCAGGGAAUGUGGGAUAUACAAGGACUUCGGAAAGGUGAAUCACCACGAGUUAAAAAAGAUGAGACCCAUCCUCAUUAG